GUUCGUGCCGCACCCUGGCCUAAUCCAAGUUUGCUUCUUCAAUUCCUGAUGCCUGCGUUGCGGCUGAAAUAUUCUUAAAUCCUAAUCGCGGUGAUCGGCGGCGAGGGCUGCGGAUUUGGCGACGCGGCAACAGAUCUUCCUUUUCUGGGAGGAUAAGGAAGAUUUGUAUAAAUAGCCAAAUAGGGAUCGUCGUGCGUCCGUGAUGUGGGUUAGAGCAAUGGUGGCACCGCCGCCGCCGCCGAUGGUGUCCUCGGAGCACGCGCAGGCGGUGGAGAUGGCGGCGAUCGUGUCAGCGCUCACGCACGUCGUCGCCAGCGGCCGCGGGCCGCCGCGCCCCGCGCCGGCGAUCGUCGUGCCGUGGCGCCACGCGGACGACAGCAGCAGCAGCGCCGCCGGCCAUGGUCAAGAGCAGCUCACCGGGGUGGCGGGGCAAGGGACUGCGGCGCAGGCGCCGGCGAGGAAGUACCGCGGCGUGAGGCGGCGGCCGUGGGGGAAGUGGGCGGCGGAGAUCCGGGACCCGCAGAAGGCGGCGCGGGUGUGGCUCGGCACCUUCGCCACCGCCGAGGACGCCGCGCGCGCCUACGACGCCGCCGCGCUCCGCUUCCGCGGCAGCCGCGCCAGGCUCAACUUCCCUGAGGACGCGGCCGCGCGACGGGCCAGGGACGCCGAGGCGGCCUCCGCCGCGGCCAGCGCGGGGCCGCCGGCCGCGCUGCUCGAGUCGCAGGCCGCCGGCGACGACAUGGCCGACUACCUCGAGUACUCCAGGAUCCUGGAAGGGGGCGAGCCCAGCGGCAUUAUGGACGGGAUCUUCGGCGGCGACGCCAACGGGCGGUUCCUCGACUCGUGGAGUAUUGGGACGUCGCCGCCGUCUUCGGGCUCUGAUGCCGCCGCUACUCUGUUUCGUUAGAGUGAUGGCGGGAAGCAGAGUCGCAAUAAUAGUGCAGCCUUAGGAGAUUAGUUGAGGAUUGUUUUUUGUUUUUCCCGUAGUAUAUAUAAACAAAAAAAUAUAGUCGAAUUAGUAGGCUAGACGAUUUGUAACCUUUUUGCUACCCUAAUCCGUAGUGUGGAUUGCAGAUUGUGGCCUCAAAGGAAUUUUGUUGUUGAUUUAGCAUCAUAUUAUCGGAAGAGAAUAAUAA